AUGAUUUCAGAUGGAGGGAAUGCGCCAAGGAAAAAGGAAAAACAACGAAAAAAGUGUUUGAUAACUUUCUUCAUUUUUGCUUUAUCUUGUCAAAAUAUUUUCCCUUCUGUAUCUGAAAUGAUGUUUACUCUCAUCGCUAGUCAACUCUUGAUAAGAAAACCUUUCGAUAAGAAAUUUCACUCGAUAGUGAAACAAAAAAAAUUGCAUCUGGGUCGAUAUCUGGAACAAAAUUCCCUCAAUAAGAAAUUUUCAAUUCCUUCAAUGUUUCCUUAUUAUGAGUUGACUGUAUUGAAAUAA